AUGCGGUUCAACAUUGAUCCCGAUAUCGUUCCCAACUUGAAACUGGGUCUUCAUUCUUUUCAGAUCAUUCUCUCCCUCGUCGCAUGGUGUUUGCAAAUCGGCGUCUUCAAUGCAAAGGAUGCUGAGGUCACGGGCAAGAAUGGUUGGGCGUUCGGAGUGUGUUUCCUUUCAGUGCCAGCUUGGAUCUUCCUGAUCAUGACCCCCCGAUGGGGCCGCACUCGACGCUUCGCCCAACCGCAUGCCAUGCUUGCUGUUGAUGCUGCUUUCACCAUCAUGUGGUUGUCUGCCUUUGCCACUCAGGCUUCUUACAACGCCGCCGGCCAGUGCGGCACUGCCUGCAGCAUCAGCAAGGGUGUUGUCGGCUGUGGUGUUCUCGUAACUAUCCUCUUUGGUGGCUCGACCUUUGUCUCGCUCUACACUCUCAACUACUACAAUAACAACAACGUCCUACCCGGUUACGACAACCGCCAGAUGGGCGGCGACAACAUUGACCCCGACAAGGCUGCUUUCUCCAUGGCUCCUCACGGCGACGAGGCUUACGAGCGAGUUGACAUGGACGACCAGGAGCCCGCAGGCAGCUCUUACGGAGGUGGCUACAACAACAGCAGCUACAACAGCAACUCUCGCUACGGCGAUGCCAACCCCUACAGCGCCGAUGACGAUGAUCCCGAUCGCUUUGGUGCCCUCCCCCCACGAAACAACACCCUCUUCGACAACGACACCCAGUACCACGGCGGUGCCCCUCCCUCUAUGCCAGCCAGCUACGCCAACCCUACAGGCGGCCACCCAUACGAGGAUAUGCCCGCCCAGUUCCCCGCCGCCAACUACGAUAGGGGACAGUAA